GGCAGAUGCAGCCCCAGGCGAGCCCCGCAAUCCUAGUGUGAGGACAUCAGUACCCCUCAGCUUCCAGCUGGCAAAUCUCUGCUUCACCCUGGCACCUCCUUCCCACCAGCCUCAACCCUGGCAAAGGCUGCCAGUGCCCUGGGAAAGGCUGGGUCUCUAAUCCCUGGGCCAAGCAGGGACAUUGUCCGGGGGCAGAAAGGAAAGCGGCGCGUCAGGCCCUUUGCCCAUUGUGCCCUGAGCCCCUGCGCAAACACAGCCCAGCACUUUCAUUGUCAGCCCCGCGGGGUGCGGGGGGGCUGCUCUCGCCACACUGCCUAAGUGGAAUGGACAGCCGGAGUCUGGGGUGGGUGCGCACCCUGUCCCCCCCCAUCCCCUGCCUGCUGACACAGCGCCCUGCCCGCCUGCACCAUCGGCACUUCGGUGCCCGCCUAUAAAGGGCGAGAGGAAAAGCCGGCGCCGGCACCGCCACCUUCGCUUCUGUGCCCUGCCGACCAACAGCCGAGUGACCCGCAUGACCAGCAGCGAAGCCAUGGACACCCUGGGGCAGUACAAGAUCACAGUGUGGGAGGAGGAGAGCUUCCAGGGCAAGCGCUGCGAGUUCCUCAUGGAGUGUCCCAGCAUCAUGGAGCGUGGCUUCCGCAAGAUCCGCUCCAUCAAAGUGGAGUCUGGCCCCUGGGUGGGCUUCGAGUACCCCGAGUACCAGGGGCAGCAGUUUAUUCUGGAGAAGGGUGACUAUCCCCGAUGGGAGGCCUGGAGCGGGAACAGCGGCUACAGGACCGAGCACCUCCUCUCCUUCCGACCCGUCAAGUGCGCGAACCACAACGACAGCAAAGUCAUCCUCUACGAGGCUGAGAACUUCCAGGGGCACAAGUUUGAGCUGAGCGACGAUUACCCCUCGCUGCAGGCCAUGGGCUGGGGCAAUAAGGAGGUGGCAUCCAUCAAAGUGAACGCCGGAGCGUGGGUGGCGUACCAGUAUCCGGGAUACAGGGGCUACCAGUACGUGCUGGAGCGGGACAGACAGAAUGGCGAGUUCAAGAAGUACAACGAAUACAGCAGCCAGGCCCACACCAACCAGAUCCAAUCCAUCCGCCGCGUCCAGCACUGAGCAGGGGCAGGGCCACAUGCCCCACAGCCUCUGGGCUGCUGUGCAAUAGACCUCUAUCUGGUAGCAAAUAAAGGCAUUUGUCAAAAAAAAAAA